AGGGCGCCGCCACACAUGCUGGAAGGAAUAUGUGAGAUAUCUCACUGUGUGGAUGGGAGCCGGUGCAUUAUAUCAAAAGAUGGAGAAAGCUGUAAGUGUGCUGCUGGGUAUUUUGGAGAUCUCUGUAAUCAAGAUGUGAUGAUGAAUGUAGUGUGUGGAAAAGAUUACAUCACCAUCUCAGUGAACAAAGACUUUUUUGAAUACUACAAUGUGCCCCAUGAAUCGGUUCACUUGUCCAACCCCGACUGCCAGGCCAAGAAGAAGGUGAUCGCUGGCGUUGUGUAUUACACAGUGAGAACACAGACGGAGAAGUCUGAGAUCUGUAGUGGUCAGUCUGUUGAGACGAACAUCACUCAUAUUGUACAUUCACUGGUGCUGGUGUCAGAAGCACAAGUGUACAAGAAUAUUGUGAGAGAGCCAGUGAUAAAGAUCGAGUACAAGUGUGCAUACCCGUAUAUACGCAGUGUCAGCCUGCCCUUCCCUGUCCUUCCUUUAUUAAGUGAGAAGGUGCUGCGGGUGGAUGAGCAGGACGUGAAGGUAGAAAUGAGUGUGUAUAAGGAUGAGGGGUACACUGAGGUCUUCAGCAGCAUUCCCACCAUGCACUUCAGAGACAGGGUGUUUGUACAGGUCAGCGUAACUUGGCCAGCAGACUUCUUCAAUUUGAGAGUGGAUGAGUGCUGGGCAACCCAGACUCCCAAACCUAACGAUACCUCCAGCCUUUCUCACACGCUGCUGCUGAAUGGAUGUGCAGAUGAUGAAACUGUAUCAUUUCUAACUGAAUCUGUUCAGAAUCCAAAUGGUACAGAGGCUCAGGAGGGAGAAAACGGUGUGGCUUCCACAGUGCGCUUCUCCUUUGAGAUGUUUCGUUUUGUGAUGGAGCCUCAUGAGCUCUACCUGCACUGUGCUGUGUAUCUCUGUAUCCGGGAUCUCGAAGACUCUUGUGUUCCUGAAUGUAAAUCCAUCAUUAAAAGAGAGGCUGCAAGGAAUGAAUCUCCUCAAGGUAUACUUUCUUAUGGACCCAUCAAAAUAGAAGUACCAGAGCGGCCAAAGUAUGAUGUACUAUUGAUGGUGGUGCUGCCUGUGGCUGUGGCAUGGAUCCUGGCACUUUUUCUCCUCAUCCUAAUUGCCCUUGCCAAGGCAAUCCACAAACGCCUGCCUCCCGAGUCACCUUAAAAACUAUAAACUUGUAAAUGUAUUUAAAAUGUGUACAAUAGGUGUAUGUACAGAGUAGAUCUUCUGUACAUUCGUAUUACGUGCUGCUGCAAUCUGAGCAAUAAGCUAAUGAUUUACACAAUAUGAACAGCAGAUGGCAGUGAUGAGUAAUGUUUUGUGUUGGAUUUAUUUGCAACUUGAUUUAUAAUACCGUGUUUACUGAGCGUAAAAUAUUAAAGAAAUAACAUUGCCUGUGAUACUUUUCCUGU